UGAUCACAAUAUAUCGCAGGAUUUGAUGUAUUAUCCAGUUUGGAAAGAAACAGUAAACAAAGAAAAGAGAAGCCCGGGUGGAAACGGGAGGGAAGGCGUGAGGUUUCAAGACGUCACACAGGUAUUGGAGAAAGGAGUGGCGAGGGGUGCGUUCACUGGCUCGUUUGAAUUGAAAACAGACAAAGCCGUCCAGCUGGAAUAUCUGCCCGCAACACACCCGACUUUAGAGACGAGAAGCUUGAACGACUGUUCAGGCUGUUUUUACUUUUUAGUUACCUACACAGUUUACUCCCUAAAGCAGCCAAAAUGAGCAAAAUCUCCAAUUUUUUCAAGGGGGGCUCCGGCUCAAAACACCGGUCGAAGGGAGGCCCUUCACCACAGGAGGCCAUCCACAGGCUCCGGGAAACAGAAGAAAUGCUUACAAAGAAGCAGGACUACCUGGAGAAGAGGAUAGAGCAAGAAAUUGCGAUAGCCAGGAAGCACGGCACCAAAAACAAGAGGGCUGCCCUGCAGGCUCUGAAGAGGAAGAAGCGCUUGGAGCAGCAGCUCACCCAGAUUGACGGCACGCUCUCCACCAUUGAAUUUCAGAGGGAAGCUCUGGAGAACUCGCACACCAACACUGAGGUCCUGAAGAACAUGGGCAUGGCUGCCAAGGCCAUGAAGAAGGUCCAUGAGAACAUGGAUGUCGGCAAGAUCGAUGAUCUAAUGGCAGAUAUCACGGAGCAGCAGGACGUAGCUCAGGAAAUCAGUGAUGCCAUUUCCAGACCUUCUGGGGAGACAUUUGAUGAGGAUGAGUUGCUGGCUGAGCUGGAGGAGCUGGAGCAGGAGGAGCUUGAGGAAAACAUGAAGAGUAUGGGUGGGCUGCCCAGCGUUCCCAGCUCCAAACUGCCUUCAUCACGGCCCAGUCAGCGUGCAACAACCAGGAGAAAGGUUGAAGAGGAAGAGGAUAUGCGUAUGUUGGCAUCAUGGGGAACUUAAGUGCACUAAGACAGCUUCUGCCAUAAAGGAAGUACACACAGAAUUAUAUAAAUAUAUUUUUCUUGUUUGUUUUUUUUUUUUUAAUAUUAUUGUUGAUGGCAUUUAGGGAAAAUAAAGAGCAAUAUAUAAUUUUUUUUUUAAAAACUGAACUUCCUGCUUAUCUGCUUCUCACCACAGUACUAGUAAUAUUUAUCAAGAAAUUAAAAUUAAAAAGUGAAGGAAUUAUUUUAAUUUUUUGUUCCCAUUCUGUCUUUCUUUCCAUACAUUUCUUUAAAUAGAAAUGUAUGGAAACUUGUUUCUACCACUGAAAACAAAAAAACAUAAGACAGUAUUUUUGGCGGUCCAUAAGUCAAAAUCUUGGGAUACUGUAUUUCAUUCAGCUGUAAAUAACUUCUGAUUUUGCAUUAAUGUUGUAAAUAUAGGCUAUUACUUUAUCCCUGUUCAGCAAUAAAAGUCUC